AUGAGUGAUCGAGAUAAUUACGAACAUCAUUUUGGCGUGCAUGCCUCUUAUCAAAAAGUAUCGUUAGUGGACCAAAAAAAGUGGGAUUCAGUCAAGUUCAAAGAUAACUAUUUAGGUUUGGUGUCAAAAUUUAAUGUCAGCGACAGCGAUGAAAGAAUCGAACCACUUGAAUUUGAUUACGAAAGCAUUGACACGUACAAAAUAAAAAAGAAGCUCCGUGAAUCGUGGUCAGAAUGUAACAAGCGAAAAUUGGAUGAAAAAGCUUUUUCCGAAUUGCAAGGCCGAUUUUUUUAUUAUUUAAACGAAUAUCAAGACAUUCUGUUUACGAAUCGCACUAUUCACAACUCGCUCGAACUCAGACGGGCUUAUUUACUACAUAUCGUGAAUCACAUUCUCAAAACAAGAAGCGUUGUGCUAAAGAAUAAUGAAAAGAUUACAAAAAAUGUGGGGAAAGAUGUCGAGUAUCGUGAUCAAGGGUUUACAAGACCAAAAGCAUUGAUUUUAUUACCUUUUCGGAAUUCUGCUCUAGAAAUCGUCGAGAUUCUAACAAGUCUGCUGAAAGAUCAGCAACAGGAAAAUCACAAGAGAUUUUCAAGGGAGUUUGGUGCAGAUUCUGAAGAAGAGAUUGAAUCGACUAAACCAGCGGAUUACGUGGCAACAUUUAAAGGAAACAUUGAUGACAUGUUUCGAUUUGGGAUUAAAUUCACUCGUAAAACAGUCAAGUUUUACGCAAAGUUUUACACAUCCGAUAUUAUCAUUGCAUCUCCGCUUGGGCUACGAACAGUAAUAGGAGGCGAAGAAGACAGAAAGCGCGAUUUCGACUUUCUUUCUUCUAUAGAAAUCGUAGUAUUGGAUCAGUGCAACGCAUUUCUUAUGCAAAAUUGGGAUCACGUUGAGCACAUAUUUGAGCAUUUGAACUUGAUACCCAAAGAAGCACAUGAUUGUGAUUUUAGCCGAGUGAAGAAUUGGUAUCUUGAUGAUAGAAGCAAGUAUCUUCGUCAGACUAUUGUUCUUUCUGACUUUUUAACACCGGAAAUGAACAGUCUGUUUAAUAAGCGUAUGCUGAACAUUGCCGGAAAAUUAAAGAUGAGGCAAACUUAUGAAGGUGCCAUACUGGAUGUUAUUCCUGACGUGAAUCAGAUCUUUAUGCGAAUAGACUGCUCAUCUAUGAAAGAGGCAGAUGAUGCACGGUUUAAGUAUUUCGUCGAGAAGACAUUCCCAACUCUGCGUCAAAUGUAUAAGGCUCAUUUUGCAGUAUUUAUUCCAUCGUACUUCGAUUAUGUGAGAGUACGAAACUAUUUUCAGGAUAACGAGUAUUCGUUUACAAGUUUGCAAGAUUACUCUUCAGGUUCAGAUAUCUCAAGGGCUCGUAGUCAUUUCUUUAAUGGUCAUCGAAGCUACUUGUUACUUACAGAGCGAUUUCAUUUCUUCCGAAGGUAG